CAGGGGUCUCUGGAUGCUGGGGGGGGGGCUCCCUGGAUGCUGGAGGACCUGUGAAUGCUGCUGGGUUCUGUGGACUUGGGGCACCUCGACUCCUGGGGGUCCCUGGCUGCUGGAAGCCCAUGACUGCAGAGGGGAUCCCGACCUCGGCCCCUCACGUCCUCAGAACCCUUCCACGGGCUGCAGGCUGCGCUGGGGUGAGGAGGCCGGCGCCGAGCCCCUCAUCCAUCCGCAGCUGCCGGGGAAGCGAGGAUCGGCCCCCAGCAUCCGGUACCUGACGCAGCCCCGGGCGGGCGGUGCCUUGUGGUGGGUGAGCAGCUCUCCGCACGUCCUGCGAGCGGGGACAGGGCUGGCACCGCUGUGCCACCAUGAGGGGGAAGGUCCUGAGUGCCUGGGCACUGCUGGCCAGCCUGGCCGUGGCCAGCUGGGGCGUCCGAGGGCAGGAGAUAUUCGUGAAGGAAUUCAGUGGAAGGGUGUUCUUGGAAUGUGUGCGAGGCCAAGGCAACAAAAACAUCACAUGGUGGAAAGAUGGGAAUACUGUGGGAAACGAAGCACAGCUGGAGCUGAGCGCAGCUUAUGACGAUCCCAGAGGUCUCUACGUGUGUGAGACAGGAGGCCAAAGGAAAAGCCUCCAGGUGCACUAUCGGAUGUGCCAGAACUGCAUCGAAGUGGACGCUCCCACCAUCUCGGGCAUCGUCAUCGCGGACGCCGUGGCCACGCUGUUCCUGGCAGUGGCCGUGUACUGCAUCACUGGCCACGACAGGGGACACACGUCACGAGCUUCUGACAGGCAGAACCUGAUUGCCAACGAGCUUUACCAGCCCCUUGGAGAGCGGGAGGAUGAGCAGUACAGCCGGCUGGCUCCUGCCCGCGCCCGCAAGUGAAGUGGGAAGACUCUGACACUGUGACUGCCUUCACCAGCACGCUGGUUUUGCUUGGAGGCCCCUCCAGGAUGGGCUGCUUGUAGCACUGUGCUCAUUCCAUGACCUCUUGCACUUCUGUAUUCCUGUCAUUAAAGAUGAGCCUGUCCCACA